UCAGUUUUUCCCAGAAGAAUUAUACCCUGGAGAAGAAAUACUGAAGUAAGUGUAAGCACCGAAUGGAAUACGUUUAUCAUACUAUCAAAUGCAGCAUGUCGAGUCUCAACAAAUAGUACAGUAUGAUAUAAUUCACUUGGACAUCCUGGUUGCUAUGUGCAAACCCUCAGCAGCCUGGUUACCAUGUGGAUGCCUCAACAGGCUGACUACUACGUGCACAUCCUUACAGGCUCUUCACAUUACUUUACUCAUUCAAAUAUUGCUUUGGGGCAUGUUUUCCAGUGUCGCGUAGAUUAUUGAUCUCUCUGAGGUAGUGUGUUGCACAUGCAUUAUCAACAUAUAUCAAACUAAAGAUCACAAUGAUUUCAAAGGAAAUGUGAGCAUUAAGUGCAACAUGUCUUAAGUAUCUUACAUUUUAGAUAUUUAACUAGAGCAUAUUUUUAUAAAUGGUAUGUAUAUUUUAGCGAUUUUGUAAAAUUACUAAGGAAUUUUUUGGAAUGUGAUGCUGUCCAAUUCAACAGUACUGUACUUAAUAAUUAGAAAUGUAAUUGAAUGUUAUUUAAAGAAUGGAGGCAAAAGGGGUUGUCAAGUAUCUCCUAAUUUUCUUCCUUUGAAUUGUUUACCUUAUUAAUUCUUCUAGCACACUGUUCAAAUAGCUACUCUUAACUUAUUUAAAUAAAUAUGUUUGUUGAUUAAAUUGUCCAAUCAUGAAUUACAAUAUAAAUUUAAUUGCACUUCAUAAUAUAAAAUAUUUAUGUGAUUAACUGUAGGGUUUUGACAAUACAAUACUUACAAGCAAUUUCCAUAUAAGAUUUAUAGAGACCAAUAAAUUUAUUUUAUCAAAGUUGAGUACACAUAACACUUGAGAAAAUGCAUCACACAGAAGUAAAUACAAAUGAUAGACCUUAUCAGUGUUCAGAGUGUCUAGAAGAAUUUUCUGAAAAAUUACAUAUUAUUGAACAUAUGAGAGUUCAUUCAAAAGAGAGGCCCUACCAGUGUUCAGUAUGUUUUAAAGACUUUUCAGGAAAAUCCCAUCUAACUCAACAUAUGAGAGUUCACACGAAAGAGAAGCCAUAUCAGUGUUCGGAGUGUCGUAAGGGCUUUUCACAAAAAUCUCAUCUAAUACAACAUGAGAGAGUUCAUACAGGAGAAAAACCAUUUCAGUGUACAGAAUGUCUAAAAACCUUUUCCCGGAAAUCAACUCUAAUGCAUCACAACAGGGUUCAUACAGGAGAGAAACCAUAUAAUUGCUCAGUAUGUCUUAAAAGCUUUAAAGAAAAGUCACAUCUAAUAGAGCACCAGAGACUUCAUACAGGCGAGAAACCAUUCAAAUGUUUAGUAUGUCUAAAAGACUUUGUAAAAAAAUCACAUUUAAUAGAACACAAGAGAAUUCAUACAGGGGAGAAACCAUAUCAAUGUACAGAGUGCUAUAAAGACUUUUCAAAAAAAUCAAAUCUCUCGCAACACAUGAGAUCUCAUUUGGGAGUGAAACCACAUCAAUGUACAGAAUGUCUGAAAGACUUCUUAGAAAAGUCAAAUCUAAUACAACACAUGAGAGUUCAUACGAAAGAAAAACCACAUCAGUGUCCAGAGUGUGUGAGAGAGUUUUCACAAAAAAUAUCUCUAGUACAUCACAUGAGAAUUCAUAGAGGAGAGAAACCACAUCAGUGUUCAGUGUGUCCUGAAGACUUUUUAGAUAAAGCAAGUCUAAUAAAACAUAUGAGAAUUCACACAGGAGAGGAAUCUUAUCGGUGUUCAAAGUGUCUAAAAGAGUUUUUGACAAAAUCACGUUUGGUACAGCACAUGACAACUCAUACAGGUGUAAAACCUUACCCAUGUUCAGAGUGUUCAAAAGACUUUUCAGAGAAAUCAAAUCUAAUAAAACACUUGAGAGUUCAUACAGGAGAAAAACCCUAUCAAUGUUCAGAGUGCCUAAAAAGAUUUUCACAAAAAUCAUCUUUAAUACAACACAUGCGAGUUCAUACAGGAGAAAAGCCACAUCAUUGUUCAGUGUGUUUAAAAGAUUUUGCAGAAAAAUCGAAUCUAAUCCAACAUAUGAGGAUCCAUACAGGCGAGAAACCAUAUCAGUGUUCAGAUUGUCUUAAAAGCUUUUCACAAAGAUCAUCUCUAAUACAUCACAUGAGAACUCAUAAAGGAGAGAAACCAUAUAGUUGUUCAGAGUGUCAAAAAGAGUUUUCAAAAAAAUCAUCUCUAAUGAGACAUAAGAAAGUUCAUAUAGUAGAAGAGCCAUAUCAGUGUCCAAUAUCACUUCAAGACUUUUUAAAAAAUUAUCUGUAAUACAUCACAAGAGAUUGCUCAUUAGAGUUAAACCUCACUUGUCAGCCACUCCUGCCUAAGGUAGGCAUAAAAUAGACAUUAAACUAGAACAAAUGUUUUAGAUACUCUUCAAAUUUAUUUGAUUUGCAUAUAUAAAUAUUACAGAUCUAGAAUAAAUACAUUCAAAACUAUUUAACUGUCAGGUAAGAGAAAACUGUCAGUUCUAGAGUUUUAUGCAAUAUAAAGGUGCAAGGCAGGACCUGGUGUAUGUGCUUUGAACAACAUAAACACAUAAGAUGAACAGUU